AGACCCUCUACACAGUUCAUAAGAUUGACCAACAAUAAACUUGCCUUGGUAGUUGUCUUUGCUUGACUUUCACUCCUAAACUCCCUUUCCAGAAUCCGCCCACCACUGUGUAUCAUGAACUAUUCCAAUAAAAAUUCACAUCUUUAGCUUCCUUGCACUUUUCUCUUCCACAAAAAAGGAUCAACUAAUGGCGGCAGUUAUUCCAAUCCAAAGAUUACCAAGAAAUGAAGUAGGUUCACCCUCCACCACUUCAGUUGGGUCAUCAUCAUCUCCUACAAUCGUUCUUCCCCAAAAGAAAUGGUCCAGUUGGUUGCCUUUGUUGGUUUCCCUUGUCGUUUUAGUGGAAAUUUCUUUUCUGGGUCGACUAGAUAUGGCUGAAAAAGCAAACCUGGUUAACUCUUGGGCUGACUCCUUCUAUCAGUUUACAACCUCAUCUUGGUCAAUCCCUAUAGUGGAUAUUAGCAGUAAUAUUGAUGAAGUUGAUCGAGAUUUGGUACCUGGGAGCUGUGAGGAAUGGCUGGAAAGGCAGGAUUCUGUCGAAUAUUCUAGAGAUUUUGAUAAAGAUCCUAUUUUUGUUCAUGGCGGCGAAAAGGUUAGCUAUUUUCUCAGGAUUGGAAGUACUGUGCCGUGGGAUGCAAGUUCGGAGUGGAUUCUAAUAAGAAGCCUGAUGCGUCAUUUGGAACACCACAACAGGCUGGCACAGCUGGCGUGCUUCGGUCAAUGGAGUCAGCUCAAUACUAUCCUGAGAAUGAUAUUGUUAUGGCACGACGGUGGAAGGGGAUAUGAUAUUGUAAUGACAACAAGCCUCUCUUCGGAUGUUCCUGUUGGGUACUUCUCUUGGGCCGAGUAUGAUAUAAUGGCUCCAGUGCAAUCUAAAACCGAGAAUGCAUUAGCAGCUGCUUUUAUUUCUAAUUGUGGUGCUCGCAACUUCCGGUUGCAAGCUCUUGAAGUGCUUGAAAGAGAAAAGAUCAAAAUUGAUUCUUUUGGAAGUUGUCAUCAUAACCGGGAUGGAAAUGUGGACAAAGUGGAAACCCUCAAGCGCUUCAAAUUUAGCUUCGCUUUUGAGAAUUCUAAUGAGGAGGAUUAUGUCACUGAAAAAUUCUUCCAGUCUCUGGUUGCUGAUAAACUUGCAGGAUCAAUCCCCGUGGUGAUUGGUGCUCCAAACAUCCAGGACUUUGCCCCUUCUCCUAAUUCACUUUUACACAUUAAAGAGCUGAAAGAUGCUGAAACCGUCGCCAAUACUAUGAAGUACCUUGCAGCAAAUCCUAGUGCAUAUAAUGAAAUGUUAGGGUGGAAGGUUGAGGGCCCAUCUGAUUCUUUCAAAGCCCUAGUUGACAUGGCAGCAGUUCACUCUUCCUGUCGUUUGUGUAUCUUCUUGGCAACAAGUAUUAGGGAGAGAGAAGAGCAGAGUCCAAAAUUUAUGGAACGUCCCUGCAAAUGUACCAGAGGUUCAGAAACUGUAUAUCAUGUAUAUGUACGUGAAAGAGGGCGGUUUGAGAUGGAGUCCAUUUUCCUAAGAUCAUCUAAUUUGUCACUGGAGGCUUUUGAAUCUGCAUUAUUGUUAAAGUUCAAAUCUCUAAAGCAUGUUCCCAUUUGGAAAGAAGAAAGACCUCAAAUACUACGCGGAGGAGAUGAACUAAAACUCUAUAGAUUGCAUCCUCUUGGCAUGACACAGCGACAGGCAUUGUACAACUUCAGAUUCAAAGGAGACACUGAUUUUAGGGAUCACAUCGAAAGCCACCCAUGUGCAAAGUUCGAAGCCAUAUUUGUAUAAGAUCAAGUGAAAAAAACUGUCUCAACAGCAGGUUGUUUUAGGCCAAUAGCUUAAUGCUCAUCCUUACUAUCUACCCCAUUGUCUCUACAUCAUUCUGGUUAUGAAUUUUGCAGUGCAAAAUGUUAUCCUGUUGAGUAAGGAUUUGAUUAUUACAAGGAGCCUGUCUAAUUUUGGGUGGCAAAUUAUUUACUUUUUACAUUUUCAAGGAAAAAGAAAGAGAGAGCAACAAACUUUUAACCUUGAA